UGCGAAUAGCUCAUCCGGUCAGUUUGCAAAAAGGCUUCACAGUGUUCCCAUCAAACUUCAAUCGAACGCAUCGCAAGUGGUGAAAUUUAAGGAAAAAUUUUGAAAAAUGAAAACAAGUGGAAUUUUAGCCAAUUUAAUUUGGCCUAUACUAUAUAUAUUGAUAAAUGCUAACAGUACUUACGGCAAUCCAAUAUCAACAGCAAUUGAUCCUGAGCUGAGUGCGGGCAUGUUUGAAGGUGAUAUGAUUCUAACACCAGCCCAGGAAAGUAUGCUGAGAGGUGGAGAUCUCGGCAGAAAUGGUUUGGUUGAUGAGACCAAGCGCUGGCCAAAUGCUGUGGUAUACUACAAAAUUGUUGGCGAUUUCGACGUCAUACAUCGACAAGCCAUUUUAGAGGCCAUUGAAGUUUUGGAGUCGCGCACCUGCUUGAAAUUCCACCAGGCCAGUGAUGACGCCAAACGAUAUGUUGCCAUUUCAUCGAAAACAGGCGGUUGUUUUACAGCAGUGGGUUAUCAGGCCAAAGUGCAGACAAUGAACUUGGAGAAUUACCCAAUUGGCGAAGGCUGUUUUCGUCCGGGCACUAUUUUGCACGAAUUCAUGCAUGCCCUCGGUUUUUACCAUCAGCAAAGCGAUAGCAAUCGCGAUGAAUACAUACAAGUUGUCUAUGAUAAUAUUGUGCCAGGGAAAGAGGCGAAUUUUGAAAAGUAUGACGCAUCAUUCGUGACCGACUUCGAUGUGGGCUAUGACUAUGAAAGCUGCUUGCAUUAUAGUACGCGUGCGUUUUCUAAAAAUGGUGACGAUACUAUUGUACCAUUGGAUCCGAAUGCGAGGAUUGGUCAGCGGGAGCAUAUGAGCAAAAAGGAUAUUGAUAAAAUUAAUAUUAUGUAUAAGUGUCCUAUAUUAUUAUAAAUGUGAUAUCUGUGGUUAUAUAUAUAUAUAUAUACCUGUGUACUAUAUUUUUAGUUGUAGCAAUAAGCUUAUGUAUUCGUAGGUACAUAUAUAUUUAAUUUAUAUGUAAUG